AUGAAUAAAAUAGGAUUCGAAUGUAAUUGGGAACCACCGCCAAAUUCACUUACAAAGAUAUUACCAUUUAUACCAUCAUUAAAACCAUCAAUGAUAGAUCGUGAUCCAGAUUUAUUUGCCGAGAUAAUGAGGUAUCUUCAAGGUUACGAUAUAGAGAUUAAGAGCGAAGUGCAACGACAAAAUUUAUUAAAAGAUUCGAGAUUCUAUCGCCUGAGAGGUUUGACUGAGAAGUUGCUGGCGUCAAAGUUGACGGUAAAUGGAUUUGAUGUUGGUGAUAAUAAUAAUCAUCAUCGUGGUGAUGAUGAUUUUGAGUUGAAAAAUGAAAUAUUAUUCCACUUAAAGGAUGUACGAACUUCAAAUUCAGCUCUAUCACUUGAAAAAUCACUUGAAAAAUCACUUGAAAACAUCGAUGAUAAUAAUUCUAAUCAUAUGAUGCAAGAUGAUGACAAUAAUAGCGGUAACGCCAAUAGUAUCAACAACAAUGAUGCGAGAAAUCGAAUAAUGUACAAGAACAGGGAAGGAUCAUUGUAUUAUUUGUUGGUGCAAGUGAAUAAUACUGAUUUAAUAUGCAGAUAUGACACAUUAGCACCAUCUUUUAAUAGAAGCGUGACAACGCCUCCAACACCGACAAAUUAUAAUAGAGAGUCGCCAUCAAUUCCAGCUUUGGAAUUACAGCUAUCUAAAGAUGAUAUAAAAAAAUUAAAAAGUAUCGCCAAGUCAAUCAAAGUGUCUGAAGACAUCAGAGCUGAGAUCUGGCAAUCAUCAUUGAGCAGCACAUGUGCAUUUGAAAUAGACGGGAGAAGUGUAACUUUCGAUGUUUUGACAAAUGUUGAUAAGUUGUCUUCGUUGAUCAAGAUUGAUGAAUUUGGCAACAAGAUUUUGAAAUUAUUCGUUAAAAGUGCAAUUUUAAGGUUAUAUGUAAAAGAUCAAAAGAUUGGAAUAGAAAUGUUGAAAUGCAAGGCUUUUAGCACAGAGCGAGAAUUCAAUGCUACAAGAGAAUUCUUGGACUGA